AGAGGGUUCUUGGCGUGCGCCACAGAUCGAGGUCCGUCUCCAGGGCCAGGCAGCUAGAACAGGGCAACAGGCGGCACCAGCUUAGCUCGUCGUCACUCUCCUCCUCAGUCCUCACCACCCACCUACCACUCCCCUCACUGCUAAUAGAUAGCUCAUCUCAGCUCGUCUUUCCUUGCUCCAGCCAGCUCCAUCCACCCAACCAACCAUGGAGAUGAGGGUGGCGCUGGCCCUGCUCGUGGUCGCCGUGGCGGCGUCGCAGCUGCCGUCGGCGGCGGAGGCGGCCAACUACACGGUGGGCGACGACAAGGGCUGGAACCCCGACGUGGACUACACGGCCUGGGUCAAGAAGCACAAGCCAUUCUACAAGGGGGACUGGCUCAUCUUCGAGUACCAGACGGGGCGUGCGGACGUGGUGCAGGUGGGCGAGGUGGGGUACGACAAGUGCGACAAGGCCGGCGCCCUCAGCAGCUACAGCAAGGGCACCUCCUACGCCUUCCAGCUCAAGGAGGCCAAAGACUACUACUUCAUCUGCAGCUACGGCUACUGCUACACCGGCAUGAAGCUCCACCUCACCGCCAAGCCCUCCGGCACCUCCUCCGGCAAGCAGAGCGGCAGCGGCUCCUCCGAUGGUUCCUCAUCUGAUGAUGAUUCCUCCUCUUCCAAUGACUCCUCCGACACGCCCUCGCCAUCCUCCAAGAAGGCCAAGCCCAAGUCGUCGUCCAGCGCCGCGCCGCCGUCCAUCCUCGCCGCCACCCCCUACGCCGCCAUUGCUGCCACAGGCGCCGCCCUGCUCCAUCUCCACAGGAUUGUUCUGUGACUCUGACUCUGAUCCAUUCAGAGAUCAGGCAGAGGUCGAUUGUUCUUGCUUCCAUUUUCCUCUCUCUUUUUUCUCUACCUCUCUCUCAACUUAUAGUUUUUCUUUUCAAGUGGAGUUUGGUAAUGCUGCUACUGUAGUAGUAAUCGAGUUGUUAAGAUGCGAUUUUCAAACCAGGCUAGCAUAAUGUCAAGUGUGAAGAGCUUCAUUUAUUUUAUUUAUUUAGACUGAAUUAUCAAAUCUUUAUUUA